GUAGGUUACACGCCCUGUAGUCUGUUGACUCACACACACGGAGACGACCAUGGCGCAUGUACCCACCCUACUGGCUUUGCUGCUGACGGCCACAUGCUAUGUUAACGCCCAGACCGCAUGCAGCGUCCGACAUGACGCAGCCUGUGUGGCGGCGUUGAGGUCCCUCUACACCAACACCUCGGCCUACUGGUUUGGGACAGGCUUCACGACGGUCUGCCCGCCGGACAGAGGGGGUGUUCAGUGUACAAAUCCUAGACCAUCCAGAACCUCCCUCCUCACUCGAAUAUUUGGGAACGACACAACAGACCCCAGCGGCCUCGCCUUCGUCGUCAACGUCACGUACACUAUUACUCUCCCAGCUGAUGGAUCUGACCGUACAUACCCUGGCUGUGGGAGAAUAGUGGAGGUACCUUUGACAGGACCACAAACUUUCUCCAUCGACCCCCUCGCCAACUCCCUUUACACCCCUUUCGACUUGCGCGACCAGCCGGAAGUGACGUGGCCAGCGGAGGAGAACGCCCUCUACACUGUUAUGUAUUAUGCCGCCGGCUCGAGCUACAUGCAUGGAUUGUAUGUCAACGUCGCCGGCGGCAGGCUGGAGGGUGGAGACACUAUAGCUUCCCACCUCGAGCCUGAAAUUCCUGCGUACCGGAUCACCGCUUUCGUCUGGAUAGUGUUUAAGCAACAGACAUCACUAAACGCGUCCAAUGUCGACAGCAUUUUCAAGACAUUGACCUCCCGCGACCGAUAUAGGAUCUACCCUGAGGACAUUGUGUCGGCGCUAGGACUCUCAACGCAGUCGUAUGGCAUCAACGUGAUCAAGAUCGUUGCGGAUGAGUACACCACCAUCGUCUUCCGGGAUUUUGACAUUUUUAUAUGAUGUCCACACUUUUAUGGGCAGUGGUUGAGCAACUACAUUCAGCAGAGAGGUGGUCUUACGUCACUUCCGGCUCGUCUUGAUCUCAGUGUUUCCGUUGACGUUAGCUUCACGCUCCCCGCUAUAACGUACACAUCGUGCGGCAUUGUGUAUCAAACAAGCCCAGUAAACGUCACUGUAGAUUAUCGCAACAGGGAUCUAGUAGGUUCCGUGGAGACUCGGAUCUCCCCCCAAGUCAGCCUGGUCCCAGAGGAGAUCAGAGAUCAACCCCCAGCAGUGACACUGAGA